UCAGAAUUCUGAAACUUGAGUCGGCCAUGGAUCUUCUCUGCAACGCGUACUCUGCUGCUUCAGACGAAGACGAUGAACCCGAUCAUGGAAGACCCGUAUUGCCUCCGUCGAAGCGACCGAAACCCCAGAACCCUCUUCCAAUCACGAAGCCUUUGCCCUUAUGUCGUUCGACCCACAACCCGAAUCUCCCCACCGAAGCUCCUCUUCCCGGCAGGUACAUAUCGAAGAGAGAGCGAGCAGUCUUGGCUUCGGUUCCGACGACUCCAAACCUUAUCCCGCCAAUUCCAGUCACCACAUCACCUGGUUCUUUACUCUAUCUCAUGUUCUAUAAUCUGCUUUGUUAUUGUUCUUGUCGAUUUUUUUGCUAAUUGGUGGUGAAUCCUUGUUUGGUUGCUGAGAAAGUUAUAAGAAAAGAAGAAGAAUCCGUCAAUUUUAUUCCUUUUAUGGUCCUAGUUUGAGAAAAGUUCAAUUUUUUUGGGCUCUAAUUUAGUAGUUUUUCAUGGAGGAAAACGGUGUUGUGGGAGUAGAAGGGGGCCCAUGGAUUAUAGUCCAUUACACAAGAAAAUGUGCUUAUUUGCUUCACAAUGUUAUGCAAUGUUUAUGCUGGGGUCUUGGAAAGGCUAAAAUUUGACUGAGUUAGGCUCGUUGUUUAUUUAAAUCUAUUAGUUUGGAAUAGGUGAGUGAUUUCAGGCUUGUAGUUCAGAUUCCCAAUUUCUAUCAUUUAUAGAUUGGAUCAUUGGAAAGUUGAAAAUGUUGGACAAAAAACGAAUCACGUUCAUAGGAGUUCCAAAGGAGGCAACAAAAAUGAGGACAAAAAGUUGGCAGCAUGAAAAAACACAAACCUCUACAGCCCAGACAUCCAUUGUCUUGUCUUUUACCUGUUUAAAUGAGGGAGCUGAGAGAUAUGCUCUUUUUUUUCUUCCAUUUUCCUGUUGCAAUCUGUUACAGACCAAUUAGUUCAGUCCUUGGCCCUUUGAAUAAUGAAAAAUGUACUCAUGUUAUAAACGAUUAUAUUUUAUAUUCUACUGUGCAUGGACCGAUGCAGGCCACCAAGUGGCCCAGUUACCUGGCUCAGAACCUUAUUAUUUAGGGGUGGGCCAGAAAAUCUGAUCCAUGGCUGGAGUUGUUUUGUCCCAGACAGCCCUUGCCCAUCCCUCUCCAUAUAUGCCGUCUAGUUUACUUCUGAGACUUAUUUAAUUUGACACUGGAAAAAAUUCUCAGUCCAAAUUUAUUCAUGAAGUUCAUUCAAGCCAUUAUGUUACCUUCUAACUUGAGGAAUUUUUUGCUCUCAGUCGUGGGAAGUAUUUCAUAUUCAGAUCUACCAUAUGAUAUUCUGUCAUCAUUGAGGCAUCAAACAAAGGGCCGUCCAUGGCUUGGCCAGAUGUCUGAAAAACUGUAUACAACUCUUAAUUGCCACAAAAAUGCCGUCACUUCUUUAAAAUGGUCAAGCAGUCACGCUCAUCUGCUUGCGUCUGCGGGAAUGGAUCAUAGCAUCUGCAUAUGGAAUGUGUGGAGCAGAGAUCAUAAGAAAGCUCGCGUCUUUAACCAUCAUAAUGCAGCUGUGAAAGAUGUGAAGUGGUCACAGCAUGGACUGUUCUUGCUCUCUUGUGGGUAUGACUGCUCAUCAAGGUUAAUUGAUGUUGAAAAGGGAUUAGAGGCUCAGGUUUUCAAGGAGGAUCAGGUUGUUGGAGUCGUAAAAUUUCAUCCAAACAACUCCGACCUAUUUCUUUCUGGUGGUUCAAAGGGCCUCAUUAAAUUAUGGGACAUUAGAAUUGGGAAGGUGGUCCAUGAAUAUAGACGAGGUCUUGGUCCAAUCCUUGAUGUAGAAUUCACCACUGAUGCAAAGCAAUUUAUUUCUUCCUGUGAUGAAUCCAAAGGCAAUAUCAGCGAAAAUUCAAUCAUUGUUUGGGAUGUCUUGCGGCAAGUUCCACUAUCUAAUCAGGUUUAUGUGGAGGCGUAUACUUGUCCAUGCAUUAGAACCCACCCUUUUGAUCCAUAUUUUGUCGCUCAGUCAAAUGGAAAUUACAUUGCAAUCUUCUCUUCCAAACCGCCCUUCAAGCUUGACAAGUACAGGAGAUAUGAAAGCCAUGGCGUUUCUGGGUUCCCUAUAAAGUGCAAUUUCAGCCUGGAUGGAGAAAUAAUUGCCUCUGGCUCCUCGGAUGGAUGCAUUUACUUUUACAACUCUAAAUCCUCUGAGCUUAUGAAAAAAAUCAAGGCAUAUGAACAAGCUUGCAUGGAUGUUGCUUUCCAUCCUGUCAUGCCUAAUGUGAUUGCUUCAUGUAGUUGGAAUGGAGAUGUCUCGGUGUUUGAGUAUCGAGAUCGUUCAAUCAUUUGCAAACUAAAGGGCAUUGGUUAAAGAGGUUUUAUGUGGUCGAAAAGACUUGAACUUAAGACACGAACCUGUGCCUUUGUUCAAUCGCUUAACCAGCCUGUAUGUGUUGCUUCCAUGGUGGGGUUGUAUUACUAUAUCAUAAUACAAUGCCGUGUUGUAUUAGUGUAAGUUACAAACAUUCAAUGAAAGUAAUCGCAAAAGCUUCUUUAAGUUAUAUAGCUGGAAGAAAUUGGUAGUUAGGAGUUGCAUCUCAGAAAU